AUGGCGAAGGAGCAAGUGGUUCGAGCGCUGAUAGAGCUCGGCUUCGAUGCUGAGAGGAGCGAGGCAGCGGCAGAAGCAUGCGGAGACAGCGUGGAAGCGGCGGUUGCAUGGCUCGUGCAAAGAGGCGAGCAGGGGAGCCAAGGGAGAGGAGCGAGCGGACAAGCUGUUUCUGGUGGACCCGGCGGACAGGUUUCGGAGGAGAGAAGCCGAGCUGAAGCGAGAGACGAGCAGAUUGAUGCUGUGGGCAGCGAGGGUCCUGUCGUGGAUCAAUCGGGAGGGAACGUGUGGAGUGUGGUUGGAGGUUGGCCAGAGGACCCCCUGGUUUGUCUUGCAGACACGAAUCAAUUCAAUUUGCAUGAUACGGGAGAUGGUUGGGUUGUGAUGCAUGCGACUAUGGGUCAACCUCUUCUAUUCAUUGCGGAGACCAGCACAUGGUAUGGGAAGAUGUUCGCAGGGGGAGCAAGAGAGGUUGAGUACAUUCUUACCGAUGUGGGGCGUCGGCCAAUCGUCAAGAUAUCGAAAGCUUUCGGUUUUUUCUCGCAGGAAGCUAAGGUUUCUUACAUUGUAGCACCAGAAAACGCCAUCCUGGCGGACCGCUUGUCGAUAGGCUCCAUCAAGCAAGAGACUACGUUCUCACGUCGCACAUUCCUUGUCUCGGAUUCAACUCCGCAUCAUGCUGCUGGCGACGUCACCAUAGAAGCUCCCAGCUUUGCAGACAAGCCCUUCACGAUCAAGCUCGGGGACAGUACUCUUGGUACCAUCAUGCAGCCGAAAAAUGGACUUGGCGUCGCCUCAAUCUCUCUGCAUCCGAACGCGUUGGAUCCUUUCCGGUCAAACAGGAUGAGAGCGCUUUUGAUCGCGGCUGCUGUAAUCAUCAGUGACGUCCAUUGGGGCAUGUCGCCUGGCCCAGCGACUAUCUUGAAAGCUCUGCCGCAUUAG